UAGCUGAAUGGCAUACAGUUGUGCCGAGUCAGUGGAACGAGCGACUCACUGAAGUCACAUCAUCAACGCGUUCCUCACGUAUCCCAGCAUCUGGUGAUUCGGUUUGAAUCGGCAAUUUUAACGAGUUCGACGUUUGCGGAUGGGACAGCAACGCUUGUUGUCGGUGAGAUCAUUGUCGCUCGUUACAAUGACGGACACUUGGAUUAAGCGAAUUAAUGAAACGAGUGGAAUUCACAUUACCGGGUGCAGAUGUGACACGUGAAGGACAACGCAGUGGUUAUGGUGUUGAAUGGUUUUGCGAUGUGGAUCUUGAGGGUUGUGAUCGCCUUAGCGGCGAGUAUAUCGGCUUGUACGGGACCCUUGCAGUGCUCCAACGACACCACCAGCAGAAAUUCAACGGAAUCAUUGAAUGGUAUCGAGUGUUUGGAUAGGCUGACUACUCGGAUGGAUGAUCGUUUGGGUUGUGAGUGCCACAGUUGGUCACGGAAUGAAACAAGUACGGUACUUGAGGUCAAGUGUCUUGAGGGUACACCUGUGAUCGACACACUCCCUGGUAAUGUUCAAAGCUUAGUUAUUCAGAGUGCUGAUGUCGAGCAGGUAACAAACAUGCUCAGGGAAUUGGAGAAUUCAUCAUUGAUAUGUCUGAGUGAGCUUACUGUUGUCAACGUAUCAUUAUCGGAAUCCAAUAUUACUUUGCCUCGUGUGUGUGGACUUGUUGUGUUCAAUAUAUCUGGUGAUGAUUUAGUGGACUUGAGUGACGUGAGACUGGUCAAUGACAGUGAUCUGAAAGUAUUGGAUUUAUCAAGGAAUCUAUUGAGUGGAUUACCAGCAAAUGCAUUCAGGACGCUUACCAGUUUAGUGUAUUUACGGUUGCAGGAUAAUAUUAUUGACACAGUGGAUGAGGAUGCAUUUGCUGGAUUGGAGGUACUGGAAAAUCUUGAUGUGUCGGAUAAUCGGUUGACUCAGCUGCCAGAUGCAACAUUGACACAUCUGUCCUCACUGCAAACACUGAAUCUCAGUGGAAAUCAGUUGAAAAUACUCGGUGCUAGGUGGUUUGAGGCACUCGGUCGUUUGAGGGAAUUGGACGUUUCGAGAAAUGGUUUGACCAAAGCAGCUUCCGGUGCGCUACAGCCAUUGCCGGGUCUCUCAGUACUUCGAUUGGCGGAGAAUCCUCUCAUGGAGCGUGACGUCUCAUUACUACUCGGCACAGGAAGACGUUUAGAGACUGUUGAUGCAUCGCGCACUGGUCUUCUACGAGUACCUGCUGCUCUCACACGAAGCGUUAGGGCACUCAGACUAGCCGGUAACAAGCUCACGUGCAUCCGGGAUGGUGACUUUGAUGGUUAUCCCCUGUUGAAGAUUCUCGAUCUAUCCGACAACCUGCUCAAUGUUGUCGAGGAGGACUCCCUCGGGCGACUCGAGACACUCGAAGAAUUGGACUUAUCAGGAAAUAGACUCAAAUUCAUACCCAAAAGAUUACCCAGCAGUCUCAUUCAUCUGAACCUGCGCGGUAAUCUCAUUGAGGAUGUUACAUUCGACGAUCUCGAUGGAAUUGACAGCAUACACAGUCUCAUGUUGGAUGACAACAUGAUUGAGACGAUCGAGGAGGGUGCCCUCAGCCAACUCCCUCUCCUCACAGAGCUCGAUAUAUCGAAUAAUCCAAUUAAGCAGUUGCCAGCAAAUACUCUGGCCGGUCCAACAAGCCUAACCAAGCUACGCAUGUCGGGGUUGUUACAAUUAGAAUGGGAACACGAGAGACGCGGUGACAUGGCAUUUCCUGUACCAACCCCAGAUCGUCUUAUUUACCUUGAUGUCUCCAGAAGUCCGGCAUUAGCUGCUCAACUGCUUGCUGACAAUGCAGCGUUAUCUGCAUCCAAGAGUUUGCUCAUUCUAAACUUGGCUGACACCAACAUCACGAGCAUCAGAUCUGAUCUUAUUUAUCUUCUGCCGCAACUGCAGACACUCGGUUUGUCUGAUAACCAGUGGAACUGCACCAGUGAUAUUUUUUGGCUUGGCGAGUGGAUUAGACAGCACGGAGAGAUACAACCAUCUGCUAAGUGCAAUUCCACUGAUGAAUUCACCGACACACAACUCCGGGAUUUACCAUCGCCACCAACAACAACAACAUCCACGACUGUUAGGACAACAACUGUCGAUUCACCGGUUAACUUGGGGAACGAGUACUUUCCAGGUAUCGGUGUGCCAAACGUGUCUUCCGAAAGUGGUAGUGCGGGAGUUACUCAGUCGAUGACAAAGGGAAUCGUUAAUAUAACGACCAUUGAAAUUACAACUGCCUUGACUCGUCAGGAUAAAGACGUUCAUUCUGGUGAAUUAGGCGCAGAGAAUAAUCGUUUCAGUGCAAGCUCAACUUCACAGCCCCUAUACAGUGACACCAGUCGGCUUAAGUCACGAAAGAAGCUCCAGUCUAGUAUGGAUAAUGAAAAAUCCUACGGCAGCAGUGAGAUACGACGAAAAUUCGGCAAAUCUGCCAGUCGGAAAACACUGAAACCCGGAAAGUUCAUUAGUGCUUCAUUAGUGGAACGUCACAAGUUGCCGGAAAUUCUGGAUAAUCGGGUGGAUUCUCUGAUGAGACCGAGGACAACUAUUCCCAAUAAAAGUGGAAUUUAUACGACACCCGAAGGUGAUAGUUUCAACAAUGUUCCCAAGCCCCGGAGUUCCAACAAAAUUGCAUGGAAUUCCAGAACGAGCGAGAGUAUUUCCGAAACGAACGAUGUCGCUCAACUCGUUGAGGAUAAAACAAAAAAUCCACCGCAAAAUUACAUUCUGGCGAAUGCAAUUGCAAAUACAAUUGCCCAGGAAUUGAAUAGUCGUGCGACAGAAACAGAUGCUAGGAUAUCAGAGCCUAUGGGUGCACAUCCUGGUAUGCUGGUACUUGCUGGUGCUGUUCUUGGUGCAGCAGCUGCACUCACGGUUGUUCUGUCACGUCGGGCGACAAUACGACGCAGAGACAGGUAUCACAGACACGAAAAUAUCGAAGUGCACACAUUGACACCAACCACUGAGCUAUGGUGACCAUCUCCAACAGGUAAUGAAGAUUGGUACAGUGAAUCAAUGCGUGAGAAUGACGAGAAAUGGUCAGGAUUUACCACAAGUACUUGCUGAAGACAGCAGUCUUUCCUGAGAUGAUGUUCAAGAACACUCACAUCCAAGUUUGUGCAUUAAAUCCAGAUGUUGAGAGGAAGUUUAUGGAUGCUGUAUAAAUAUGCAAUUGUGUUCUGUUAUUUUCGGAGGGACUCGACAAACAAGCAUCGUCUUCGAGUGACGGUGGAACUUGAAGUCAACAGUGGACAAAUUACCAUAAAUAGCAAUAACUUCACGGCGGGAUAAUCGAGGGACAUUGUGACAAUAACAUAAUUUUCGGUUGAGUGACGGAAUCUUUUGACAUGGAUGUGCUGGAGAAACGACAGUUGCAGUUGGAAUAUACAUUACUGGAUGGUUUGGAAUGGGGCGGCCCGGAAUGGGGCGUUUGCGAAAUGAGAAAGUGUGAAAUAGUAAACUCUUGAGACAUGGGAGACACUUUCUGUCUCUCUGCAGGUGGCAUGUGCCGGGAAAAGGGACAGAUGAAACAAAAGGAACCUAUGGAGGAGUGUGAAGCGAAAAAACUCAUUACCUGAGGAUUAAAUUUUUUAUUUUCUCGGCUGAAAUAACCUUUUGACUGAGCAACUCGGCCAGCUCUUUGUUUAUUUUCAGUGCAUUACAUGAGGUUGCACAAGGAGAGUCUCAUGCUAGCAUGGGAGUGGCUGAUGAUAAAAAAAAUUAUGGAGAAUUGAUAAAUGAUAUUGAUAAUAAGCAAUAAAGAGGGUAGAUAUUAUCUUUCGUAAAAGUAACCCGUGUCAAAAU